GCGUAAAGCCCACCCACGAAUUUCUAAACCCCGCGUGCUGCUUCUUCCUCCGCAAGCCACCUCGCUGCUCGCCGCCGGCCACGAUGGGGAGCAGGGCGGCCGCGGCGCUGCUACGCAGGGGCAGGGACCAGGCCUCUACUCUGAUGAUGAUCCCUCGCCUGCUCACGAGGAGCGCUCCGGCACCCGCUGUUCCUAGGGUUGGAUCCGGCUCCUGCGGCGGCGGAUGCCUCCUCCCGUCGCGGCUGGGUUCGACGGGGGCCUUUUCAUCCGCUGCACGAUUCGCGUCCUUCCACGCCUUCCGCUCACUCGCCCCCAAGACCUUAUUGGGCCAAUGCACAAGGAAAAUGUCAACUUCCGCGGCAGCACUGAAUUCAACUGUGGCCAAUGGAACAGCAAAUUCAGGAUUGAAGUUGCUCAUUACGAAAGGGCCUCAAGCACAGAAGGCUGUCGGGAUAUGGCUCUUUGGGUGUGCUGCCUGGGUGUUCAGCUUGGUCAUACUCGGAGGAAUUACUCGGCUCACACGUUCUGGGCUGUCAAUGACUGACUGGAAGUUCACCGGGGAAAUACCUCCGAUGUCAGAAGAGGCGUGGCUGCUGGAAUUUGAGAAAUACAAGCAGUCGCCUGAGUACAAGAGGGUGAACAAAGGAAUGAGUCUUGAAGAUUUCAAAUUUAUAUACUGGAUGGAGUAUGCACAUAGAAUGUGGGGAAGAGCUUUGGGCUUUGUAUUUGCGGUUCCUUUUGCAUACUUUGUUGCAAAAGGUUAUGUUACCCGCCAACUUGGGCUCAGACUGUCGGCUCUUUUUGCACUUGGUGGUGGGCAAGGACUGGUUGGCUGGUGGAUGGUGAAAAGUGGUCUUGAGGAACCAACAUCUGAGUAUGUUCAACCCAGGGUUAGCCCUUACAGGUUGGCAACUCAUCUGACAUCUGCAUUUGUUAUAUACUGCGGUAUAUUGUGGACUGCUUUGUCAGUAGUGAUGCCAAAUCCUCCGACUGGAUCAAUGAAUUGGGUAAAUGGUGCAGCAAAAAUUAGAAAGUUGGCAAUUCCUGUCAGUGCUGUGGUAGGCAUUACUGCCAUAUCUGGUGCAUUUGUUGCAGGCAAUGAUGCAGGGCAUGCUUACAAUUCAUUCCCAAAGAUGGGUGACACUUGGAUUCCAGAAGAUGUUUUUAGUAUGGAGCCUUUCAUACGCAAUUUUUUUGAGAAUACAUCUACCGUGCAGCUCAAUCACCGAAUUCUUGCAACAACCACUUUAUUGUCUGUGGGUGGAUUAUGGUUGGCUGCAAGGAAAAUAGACAUGCAUCCAGCUGUCAAAUCUCUGAUCGGGAGUACGCUUGGGAUGGCUGCCCUUCAGGUUACGUUGGGAAUAUCUACACUCUUGAUGUAUGUUCCUACCUCUUUGGGCUCAGCUCACCAAGCUGGAGCAUUGACUCUGUUGUCUUUGAUGAUCCUUCUCACUCACACUCUAAGAAGGCCAUCACCAUCUCUUCUUAAAUCACUUGCAACUGCUGUGAAAUCAUCCUGAUAUUUCGCCAUGAAAUUUUCCAUCAGACAAUGGUCGGCUGAAAUUCCUUCCCCUUCUAACUUGCAUUGGUGCCUUUGUUUCUUUGCACUACCUAACUACCAAAGCCUUGGCACGCCUUGCCCAGAAGUAUUCUAUUCUUGUACACGCCAUACUCCAAGUUUCCUGGUGCUAAAUAUUACAAACCUUUUCUGGA